AUGUUGCAUGAAGCAGUCACUCCUUUUUGUUCCUCGGUUUCACUCUGUCAUUGUGCGGGAGUCAAGGCAGCAGCAGGGUCACAAAGCAGCCUUGUGACAUCACACCUGAGAGCAGAGAGCAGUGAACGUAUACAUGCUGCCUGCUUGGUUUUGCUCAGCGGGCUUUCUUCACUCUGCAGUGGUGUUGCCUACAUUCAGAGUGGGUCUUCUAUCCCCACUUCAGGUUGCUCCUCUGCUUCUUGUGUAUGUAACCGCCAGGGCAAGUGGAGCGACCCCUCGCUGCUGGAGAAGCGGCUCUCGGAAGACUCGCGCCGCCACCGGCUGCUUCAGCAGUGGGCGAGCAUGUCGAGCGCGGACGCGGCGGAGGCGGAGCCCGAGCCGUGCGAAGAGAAGGCGGCGGCGGCGGCGGCGGCGGCCGGGGAGAACCCGCUCGUGUUCCUGUGCUCGCGCUGUCGCCGGCCGCUGGGCGACUCGCUCACCUGGGUGACCAGCCAGGAGGACAGCAACUGCAUCCUCUUGCGCUGUGUUUCCUCCAACGUGUCUGUGGAUAAAGAACAGAAACUGUCCAAGUGUGAAGGCGAAGACGGCUGCAUUCUUGAGACUCUGUAUUGUACAGGCUGCUCCCUCCGCCUUGGCUAUGUGUACAGAUGCACUCCCAAGAACCUAGACUACAAGAGGGACUUGUUCUGCCUCAGCGUUGAAGCCAUUGAAAGUUACACUUUAGGGUCCUCCGAAAAGCAAAUCGUGUCGGAAGACAAGGAGCUUCUCAAUCUGGAAAGCAGAGUUGAAAUAGAGAAGUCUAUAAAGCAGAUGGAAGACGUCCUGAAGGCCUUGCAGACGAAGCUGUGGGAGGUUGAGUCAAAACUGUCCUUCGCUGGCUGCUGCCGCUAAGCUGCCCCUACCCCACCUGCCCCACCCUGUUCCUCAUGGGUGGUCGGACUCCUUCUGUGUACUUUAGGGGAAGAAGUAACUGUUCUCCGUAUGUGAAUUUUAAAGCCAGUUUAUGAUACAUGCUAGAACGAGAUUUUGUGAGUUCUUAUUUUAUUAAAAAACGGGGUGGUUUUUCUGUCCUUUUUUGUUAAAUUCAUUUUGUUAAAUGCAUUUUUCUAUUUUUUAAAAACUUUGUCACUUAAUACUUUGGAUAUUAAAGAGUGAGUAGUAAGAAAAUCUUAA